AUGGCGGGACGAAAGCUGUCCGACCCAGGAGAGGGACCCGGACCUAAAAAACCCAAGACCCAGACAGAGAUUGAAACCGGUGAAGCUCAAAACGAGCCAAGAACUCGGCCUGUGGGUUCUUGUGCUAGAUGGUGCGAGAUUGAGCCCAAUGGAUCAUUCUCAUGGGAUGAGACCAAGAUCAAGUCCUCACUGUCCCAGGAGGACCUCAAGAACCUCGAUUGGAUGCGUGAUGCGAUCGGAGGAAGAGUCCUCAGUGGGAGGGUGUGCCCUUUGGUCUUUGAUAUCUCUCAACCAGACGCGCCAGACGCUGUCCGAUUCCGCACCUUGUCAUUCUUCUCAGAGCUGUUGGAGGAUCCGCACGGCGCUUCCACAUAUCAGUCAUUGACUCCAGACCAGCACAAAAUCAUUGCUGUUGGUACUCGCGACCUGUACAUUGCAGAAGCAGCAGGCCUCUUGCAACAGCCAGAGAAAGUCAUCCUUCAAGGUAUGAUCGACUUGGUUGAUCAAGAUCUUGGAGUGAGGAAGAUCGGCGGACUCAACAUCUCAUUCUACCCAUCCAAGGAGUUCAGCAUCACAAAGUUCAUCGAAAAUUUAGAUGAAAAAAUCGGAAAAGAGGCUUCAGAGCUGUACGCUCAAAUCAUGCCUACGCCCAAGUUGUUCGCCGUCUUUGUCAACCCGGCCGAUCUCUCUUACCACAACUUCGAGAACAUUAUUCACUUGGACUCCUGGUUCGAGUCAAACAUGUCAUCAGUGAGGCCUGAGGAGGCCCUGUCAUUGGAGAAUGCAGCACAAACAAUACCCAGUCGCGAGGUCUUUACCUGCGACUUGCAAGGCGACAUGCUCACCCCCUUGAAAGCUUUGUCUGAGCUCGACUUGUAUGUUCCGCCGUUGAACAAGACUACACGUGGCGGAGACCGGUUCAUAUUUCACUCAUCGAUACUCAGUCAAGUGCUCACCGAAGCCUUGCAAUCGAGCGAUGUUCUUGACAAGCUCUCUGGGGGUCAGCUAAAGUCAUCGUUUGAGUUUGUCAACUACGUCUUCCGAUGCAACAGAUUCAACACAGACGAUUCCCACUUCCAGAGCCAUCUCGAUAUACCGUAUUACGACAGCUCUCGGUCUCAAAUUUCCAAGUACACCAUGCUCAUCAACUUGACAACGGGCCAUAGCGAUCCUGCCCUGCGUAUCGAAGAUGUCUCAUUCAAUGACGUUCGAGAAUUCACUUGUACCAUCUUUGACCAAAAAUACGAGCAUGAAGGCUGGCCGUUUUUGGAUGGGCAGAAAGUCUUCAUCCGCACCGAGCUUGUUUUCAGGGACGAUCAACUGGAACACAACAACGAGAUUGCUGGGCUGUUUGCUGAGGCCUGUUACAUGUCGUGGCAGAGCAUGUUUGACCAGGGCCUGUCCUCCUAUGCUAAUGAGUGCUUUGAGAGGGCAAACUCGCUGCAUUGGGCACUUGAAAAGGCUGCCACCCGGCCACCGGUCUACUUGUCGAAGCAGUUCCAGGGGGUACGGUUCCUUACAAAUGGGUACAACUACUGGUUUUUGAAGAGUGGUGGAGUCACUCCGAAAGAAUGUGCCCUGCUGGCUGUGCUCGAUUAUUUCAACUGCAAAAUUGGGCAGAAAUCGUUUCAGUCAUUGGUGGCAUCGACAACGCUUGAAAGAAGAUUCGAAAGUACUGAUGAGAUAUGGACCUCAUUGGCUGCUGGUGAAGUCAAGGGAAAGACAAGCAUCAGACACCUGACGAAGACCGACGUCGAAUCACUCAUCAAAACAGGACCCAGCAAGCCCCUGGAAUGGCAGCUCGAAGAUUGGGAUGGGGAACCAGAGGAACUUGAAGAAUUCGACGAAGACGGAGACGGCUGUUGUCCUAUGCAUUCAUUUCCCAUGUUCAAUCCUUGGAAGAACAACGAGAUCAUGGAUGCAUAUGAUGCGUGCUGUGAAUAUUCUCGGGAGAAGCUAUUCGGGGCACCACUGCUCAUACUCGACGAAGAAAUAGUCAUCAACGAGGAGAAGAUCAAGAUUGUCAACGAAAAAGUCUUCUUUCUUCGGUCCAAGAAUGGCAAAACUCUCCCUCGAAUCAACUUUGCUGCCUGCUGGGCCGAUGACACACUCCCCUCCGAGUUCGUCUUGGUCGGAGAAGAAGUCGAGGCUCCUGGAAUCAUUGUCCCGCCUCUAACGUUUCACGAAUUCGCUGAAGGAUACCAAUUCAGCCUCGACUUUUUCCGCAAUGAUUGGAUGGUCAAGAUCGAUGAGCAGACUAUCCCUUUGCCUGAUGUUUCUGAGAGACCGGAGCCUGAUAGUGAGUUUCGGAUCAGAGUGGACGAUCCCUCAGAAAAGAUGCAGCAACUUUUUGAUGACCCUUUUGAAUAA